UGUGUUGAGGUCGCGCAUGCGCAACACUUCAAACGCGGUCUGAAUUCAAACUGGUCGGCGGGUAAAAAGAAAACAAGUGAGCCGCAACUCAAAGUACAUACGAGAAGAGCAAGACGAAGGAAAAAUGUCUAAGACGUUGCAGGGAAUCACACUGAAAGGAAGUGCUGAACUCGUUGCCGAAUUCUUUUCAUUCGGCAUCAACAGUAUUUUAUACCAGCGAGGAAUUUAUCCUGCAGAGACUUUCACAAGAGUCACUCAGUAUGAUAUGAGUCUUCAGGUUACCACAGACCCCAAACUGAAGAACUACCUCACCAAUGUUGUGAGACAACUCAAAGAGUGGCUGUUUGACUGCACUGUACAGAAGCUGGUGGUGGUGAUCACAUGCCUUGAGACAAACGAGGUCCUGGAGAGGUGGCAGUUUGACAUAGAGUGUGACAAGACAGCCAAAGAGACCAGUGCUCCCAGAGAAAAGUCUUUGAAAGCCAUUCAAGAAGAAAUCCGCUCUGUUAUCAGGCAAAUCACAGCUACUGUCACCUUCUUACCUUUACUGGAAACUGCUUGUGCAUUCGACCUCCUGAUCUACACAGACAAGGAUCUAGAGGUUCCUGAGCAGUGGGAGGAAUCUGGGCCUCAGCUUAUUGACCAGUCAGAGGAGGUCCGGCUUCGGUCUUUCACCACAUCGAUCCACAAGGUCAACAGUAUGGUGGCUUACAAAAGGACAAACUCUGUGUAACAAGUGUGUCUGUCCCACUUUCACUGUUUUCUGUAAAUAGUUGUCAAGCCUCUUUGUUAAUAUUCAAGUCUCUCCUUUGGUGAGGCAUUUUAUAACUGUGUCCCUGAAAAUAAGAAUU